AUGGCACCCAACGCUACCACCCAGUCUGCACACUCCGGCGACUACACGACCGUCGACAAGGACGCCGUCGCGGCGCAUUUCAUCUCCAAGUUUGCCGACCUGCAAAGCCACUUCGACGCGCCCACGGACGUGUUCGAGUCCAAGGGCAAACGCUUCCUGGAAGCCACCAUCGGCCGCUUCGUGGACCGCAAAGAGCCCAUCACGAUCGUGCUGCCCGGGUUCCCGACCAAGACACCGAACCACGGCGGCAAGGUGCUGGGCCCGCUGCCCGACCGCGCCGAAGAGCUGGCGCUCGAGCGUCUGGAGCAGUUCUGCGCGUCCAUCGAGGAAGUCUAUCCGGUCGGCUGCAAGGUCACGAUCUUCAGCGACGGCCGCGUCUUCGGUGACCUCGUGGGCGCGCCCCUGGAGAACAUCCGCGCGUACAAGAAUGGUCUGAAGGAGAUCGUGAAGGAAGCGGGCCACACGCACAUCCAGUUCGACGGACUCGAGAACUACACCAAGACCGACGACCCCGUGCAGGAGGUGCUGGAGCGCUUCGGCAUCAACCAGAUGGACAUGGACGCCCGCAUCGCGAACGAGCCCGACAUCGGCAACAACUUCCGCUCCUUCUCGCAGUUCAUGGAGCGCGACAUGGCCGACCGCUGGGAAGGCAAGUCGGAGGCCGAGAUGCGCAAGGGCUGCGACGACGUCGCGCGCAAGAUGAUGCUGCGCAACGUGGGCUUCUCCUCGCUCGUGGCCGAGGAGUACGCCCACGCGGUGCGCGUCUCAAUCCACUGCUACAACAACGCCGGCCCCAAGUUUGGCAUCCACCUGCUGCCUGCGAAGCGCAUGGACACCCCGCGCACGCCGUGGCACUCAGUUAUCUGUGAAGCCAUUGACGGCACGGUGCGCGCGAUGGAUCUCAAGGACGUGGACGAGGACAAGUACGACCUCGUCUACAAGCACGGCCGCAUGUGGGGGUUCGUCGAGAGACCUCCGUGCACGCCCGAAGAACUCGCACAAUGGGCCCCGCUGCACGUCGAGCUCGUCCGCACCAAAAUGUUCAUCAUCGCGCGCGCCAUGGAGGGAUUCCCGGCUCCGUCCAUCAUGGACGUGCCGCGCGAGGCCAUCCGCAGCCUCGUGCUCAAGUACGGCGUGGUGACGCUGCGCGGAUUCAAGCAGGACGACGACUUCGAGACGGCCACGGAGCGCUGGGGCGACGUGCUGCAGUGGCCCAAGGGCACGUUCGCGGCGGGCAACAUCUUCGACAUCAAGACGGAGCCUGGCACCGCAUUGCCCGCGCAGACGCUCGAGGCCAUGUCGUUCCACUACGACGGCAUGUUCAAGAAGAAGACACCCGACGCCACGGAGCUGGGCGAUGCACCCGUGUUCAUGUUCUUCCACUGUGUCGAGGCGGCACCGCCCGAGGACGACCCGAAGCACGGUAACACCAUCAUCACGGACACGCGCCGCCUGUUGUCGUCGCUGCCCGAGUCGACGGUGGAGCGUCUCAAGAAGAUCUCGCUGCAGUAUUGCACGUCGCUCUUCAAGCAGCAAGAGUUUGUGCACACGUCUCCCGUGGUGGUGACGCACCCGAUGACAGGUGAGCUGGCGCUGCGGUAUCACGAGCCAUGGGGGCCCGAGAAGACCAAGAUGCACCCAACGUACGUGAAGUCGGUGGGCUUUGACCCGAAGUCGAACGACAAGGACGAGGACGCCGACUUCGUCACGGAGACACUGCGGCAGCGCCUGUACUCGGAGGAGUUCGCUCACUGGCACCAGUGGGUGAAGGGCGAGUUCGUGGUCAUGGACAACAUCUCGCAACUGCACGCGCGCACGAAGCUGGGUAUGGGCGGCCGCCACAUGCGCCGCAUCCACUUCAACUGA